ACACGCAAAUUGUGGCCGCCAUUUUGGCUAAGAUCUUUUUGCUUUGCCAAAAUUAACUGCGUUGAAAUUUUGUUUUAUAUUUUUCAUUAUCAAUCACGGUAAGGGAGAUUUAAUGGUUUAAUUUUACAAGAUAUCAGAGAGCCUGUCCCAUUUUUGAUAUGAAACAGUCAUUGCAUAGUAAAUUUUGGUUAUCGCACUUCCGCUGUGAGCAAUAAUCGCGGAAGUGUUAAAUAACAACAUUUGAUGAAUGGUAACAAAGUCGAAAAUCCAUUUAUAGACAAUUUAUUUAUUGUUUCUGAUAUUACCAACUCACACCUAUAAUCUUUUCUUUUGAUCGAUACAAAUAGUAUUCUUUCUCUUAGGUAUAAUAGGGAUGAAUGUUAUAUUGUAACGUCUUUGAAGCAAACAUACCUAUUAUCGACUGUUUUAAUUUUCACAACACUACAUCCAAAACUUGUUUAAAAUUUCAAUGAGGUGCUUACUAAAUCAUCAAAUAACAUAUUUUAUGACACAAUGUAGAUAGUUUUUCUUAAAACAAAAAUUUAGUGGAUUUGAGCUUAUUUUUAUUUAUAGGCUAGUUCAGUAUAAGGCUAGACUAGUUAGGUAGAAUUCUGAUUUACUAGCCUCUGCCUAGUCACAGCCCUAGGACUGGGAUUUCUUUAGUUUGAUGACAAUGAAAAUCAUAUUGUUACAUUUGAAGUUUGAGUUUGAUCCUCCAGUCCAUCAUAUUCUUAUUGAUCAAAGAAUGUCAAAGGUCAAUUCAUUUCUUCAAUGCCCUAGAUUAGUUAGGCAAGUCAAAUUUUUAUUUGAAUUGUUGACAAUCCUGCACUCUCUGCUAAUGUUGAUCAAAUCAAUUGUUUCACCUUAAAAUCAUAACAUGAUAAAGUUAUCUCAGUCUCAUUCUUAAAUAGACCUUAAAUUUUUUAAAUGUGUCAUGAUUGUAGGAAAAAAAGUAACUGGAAAAUAAGUCACAGAAAAACUUUUCAUUAAUCGUAAUUUUAUUUGUAAGUUAUUCCUUAUCAAUGUUUCAAUGAUAGACUAAAUAUCAUUAAUUGGAACUGAAAGUAACAGGAAUAAAAUUGAUCGGAAUAAAUAUCGAAGGGAAGAAAAUAACAAAAUAUGAAAAUCAGACAUAUUUACACAAAUAAAUACGCAUUGAUUGAUAGUAACACAUAAAUUAAUUAAAAGAUAGAGUCUAUGUCUGAUAGCAAAAUAUUGUAAAAAAUCAUUUUGAAUUAUUUUUAUGAGAAAUUCAGAGGAGCACACUGGUAAAUUCUAACAAGAUGGGGGAAAAAUGAAUUUUUGUUUAUUUUGAUCCAUAGCCACAUUGACCAAAUUGAAGCCAUUGAUUCUUUGUCUGGAUAGAUUUAUCACUAAAUUAGUACCACAAUCAAUGAUCCCUUUAAGGUUUGCUGGUCCGUGUACAAAAUCAUACAGUUGUCGCGUGUGCAAAGUUUAGCAGCAUAAAUUCUUUGUGUGCAAAAUUUUACAGCCCACAAACACACACACACAAACAGAAAUUAUAUAAAUGAACUUAAGUUCAGAAACCUUUAUAUUAGUAAAUUAAGGAACUAUAAUUAAAUAAUUAUCAGAAAUGUCACAAUAGUUCAAUCAAAGCUAUAUUUAUUUCUAUUAUUUAUAACUAAAUUCCAACACACCCACUACCAAUGGCCGCUAGUCAUUUGAUUGACUCAUUUCUGGAGGUACUCUGGCGUCUGUCUUUCAACAAAAUCCAUCUUCAAUACGCAUCGUCAAGGUUGAUCUGAUCUGAUGUCCAUCAUUCUGAUACAAUUUAAUCCUCAUAAGCAUGUCUAAAUGUAACUCUUCCAGCCAAUUUCAAGAUUUUAUUUUUAUAUUAUUCAUUAGGCUUAAUCCACUUUCACAAUCGGUGCUUGAUGCAAGAAAUGUAGCACAAAAAUCCAACAGAAUGGCAAUUUCGCCGAAUUGCUCCUCAUUUAUUACAAAUCGAACCAUCUUGUCGAAAGUCUACAUCAACCCAUAUUUCAUUUUUUUCUGAAAAAAUUAAAAUCUGAAGUGUCAAUUAAAGCUGAUAUCUCAAAGAUUCGCCAUUGUAUCGACUCAUUUUCAGGGAAACGAGAGUCCAGGUGCAAACAUAAACGUGCAACGAAUUUUAGGGUGGAGCUCAUGUUUAUAUCCUCGUCAUUUUGCAAGCAAUUCAGUAACCUUUCGGACCAGUGCACAUUUUCACCAUGGUACUGGGCAUGGAGCUUAGCGAUCCUCACUUUUACAAACUGGUAUGCCUCAAAGAUCGUAAGAUUUUUUUUCUUUGUGGCAGCUUGCAUAAUUCAUCAAGUUCACCAACAACUUCGUCAAAGACAAUUGGUGCAGUUUGAAACUGCCGAUCUUUAGUUUCUUCAAACAGUACAUGUGAACUGGAUUCCAACAAACACUGUCUUGUAAACAUUACCAGGAUAUGGCCGAAACUUUGCGUAUGAGAUUGUUUUUGUCAGUGAUAUAUCAGUGCUCUCAUCUACUGUUUAUGCGUAGAACUUUGCAUUGCAGAGUACACUAAUUAUAGCAUCCUUUACCACAGAAUCGAUACAAUAAAAAAACUCUUAAGUGUAAUUCUUACUGCGCCAAGUAUCAGGGACUGGGGAAUACUUAGCCAUAUGGUUGUGUAUGUAUUGAACCGCAUUCAAAGAUUUGUGAUAGCCAAGAGGACUUCUUAAGCACUUUUACGUUGCGCUGCUUUUUGUCUCUUGCCUCGAUCAGCGACACUUUCUGUAAGCAUUCACAGUACACCUCCUGACUUUAUAGAACGAUGUCUCUGUACAGCAUCUGUGUGUAUAUUUUGCUUGAUAUGUCGUUUAAGAUACUGGUAAUCCAAUUUCCAAGCCUCCCACCUUUUCCCUGUGGAGAAAUCCUCACCUGCAUUAGCUUUGAAGCACAUUUCACAGAAAACAUCAUCAAUUUUAAGACAUUUAAAGAUAUCACCCAGCUUGACAGUCAGCUCUGACGACGAAUCUGGUAGUAUUGCAUGCACAAAUUCAUUGAGCCAUUCCGUUGUUAAAUUUGAUCUACACUUUUUCUUAGCAAGCAAUGACGCUGACAAUUCACUUAACUGAUGUUUAGACAUCAACGGUUAAAACAUUAUUAAAAAUAAUUAGCUACUACAUAUAUAUAAUGAACUAGAGAUAUAUUUACUUUAUACACAUUCACUCAGUAUACGCCAUGAAAUUUACAUGAAUGGCGGCGGUGGUUCAGAACGAGGCCAGCUUGAUCUGGUAUGUAUAGGUAAGUAUGUAAAUCAAUAGCUCUACAUAAAAAGUAGAAGACAAAAAUAUAGAUCUGAAUCAAAUUAAAAACAUGGAUGAAUAUGUUAUAAAAACUUUAUAAUUCUGCCAGCAAAGUGUAGCGCAUCCGUUUCAAUUUAUUUUUAUAAAAAUUUGCUGCGUGGAUACUCAAAACUGCUGCGCGGCGUCUAUGAGAUAGCUGCGCGUUAAAGGGAACAUUUACCGCAAUGCAAAAUCCCUUGAUACUUUUACUAUGUGAGAUAUGUCCAUAAGAUCAGAGGCAAGAAUCAAAUAACAAUCCUUUUGGAUGAGAGCUAAUUCUCUGCCCAAUCGCUUACUACCAUUUAUUGUUAUUCUAUCUAUGAUAUUCAUGUUUAUUGGUUUCAUGCAUAACAAUGUAACUGAUUUUGAAUAAAUCAUAGAAUUAAAUCUCUGCUUAUAAUAUGUAUGCAUAAACAAAUAACACACACAUAUUUAAUCCCAAGCGAGAAUCAAACCACGUUCUUAAACGAGCCGCCUCUUACUUCCAUUUACUGAUAUUUAAUGUAUAAGAAAAUAAUAUGUUCUUACAAAUAAAAUUUGGUUAAUAAAAUGUUUUUCUGUGACUUUUUCCAGUGACUUUUUUCCUAGCAAAACUUGUGUCUUUUACUGCUCAAUGGGUUUAAAAGCCUUUUAUUCGCUAAAACAAUUUGUGAGAGAUGGUCUAUUUCCAAAAAAAGAUGUGUGAAAGGUGUUAGUCAGUAGUAAUUAGUAAUUAUUAGGUUAGUUAUUAAAUAAGAUUUAUAUUGAUGGGAAAAGAAGUACACAAACUUGUUUUGAAGCAAACUAAAAACAUUUAACUAAUCUAGAAUAAGCUUGUUAUAAAAGAAAUUGUGACAUAAUAUAAAACAUGUUGUAUUUAACAAUUUAUCAUGAGAUGUUAAAAGUUAUGAGACAUCCAUAAGCAAUGUCAUGCUAUUUUGACAUAUUUAACCCCCUCCCCUCAUCACAAAUUUGUCACUAAAAGUUAGAUACCUUUGUCACACAAUUUCACAAUUACGUGACUCCCCCUCCCCGUCUUGAUGGGCCACUAAGUCAUGUGUGUAAAUGGUUGACAUCGCCUCUAAGAAUAAGGUAUAUGAAAAUCUGUACGCCUCAUUAGUCUUAUUUAUAACAUUUUACAAUUGUCUUUUCAGACCAUGAUACUCUUUAGGGUAUGAUUAAUGAAUGUGUCAUAGACCACAACGUACAAUGUACGAAGGAAAAAACAUUCAUUAUUCAAGCACAGACAGUAAGCUCUUAUGUUCUUUCAGUGGAAAGCUCUGCAACCAGCGACGUCUCAAUGGGUAUGGAUUCUGCAUCAGGCAUAUUUUGGAGGACCCAAAUGCUCCUUUUAAACAAUGUGCUUAUGUUGCGAAAUCAAGCAAUCAGAUGUGUACUCAAGCCAUCCCUAAGCAUGAAGAAAGAAGGUAUUAAUUUGGUUAUCCAGAGAAAAUUAAUUACUAUUCUAGAAUGGGGUUCCCAAUGUGGGGAUGAUUUACUCUUUAGAUACUUAGUAAAAAAAAGCCUUAAAUAACGCAGUGUAGUCAAACCACAUUUUUUCAUACUUUGUGUUCCAAAUAUUCUGUUUUAUGUAACUUUUCAAAACCUUUUUACAGAAAUACACUUAUAAUUAAUAUGUUCAUUUUUACUGUACAUUAAACAAACUUAUUCUGACAGUAUUUAAUUAUUUUUUUAAGGUACUGCAACAACCACAUGCAGGUUUUGGGAAUGCUACCUAAGAAAGAAAGGAAAAAGAAGGACAAACCCAUCACGGUGCCUGAAAUCAAGCAACCACUAGUUAUAAGUGGGGGAAUAAAGGCCAAAUUUAGCCUUUCAAGUGCUAAAGAUAACAGUGUGCCUAUUUUUAAGUCGAACCCAACUGCUGACGAUCCUGAUGAUCCUUAUGCUUUUCCAGAUGCCGGACCAACGGAUAACAAAACAAAUGCAGGUUCAGGAAAUAUUCCCUUAUCAUCUGAUAGCAUAUUAGGGAAAUCUCUACAGUCGGGCCAAGGAUUUGUAAGGUCUGCCAGCGAUAUAAGCAACACAAGUGGAUUAAUGGCAGGUGGUUCAAUGAUUGCCAAGUACUACCCAGAGCUUGCUGAAAAACUAGAAAAAAUGAGGGCAAAACCUGAACCUAAAACAACAGCUAAAAGUAGAGCAAGAAGCUCUAGGACUAUGAACAAACUGCAGACAAAAAUAGCACAGAACAAAAUAAAUGAGAAGCUACGUAAAUCUCAUGAACUGAGUCAGACAGAUUCAAAUUCAAGCCCAUUGCAGAUAUCUAGUCCAGAACAAAGCUUUGGCUUAGAACAUAGUCCUAGUCCUGGAUCAGGAUUUAGUCCAGCAUCUUCCCAUACUUUCAGUCCUCAAGCUUCCACAUCUGCUCCCUUCUCAGCAAACUUAAUGUUGGCUAACUUUGAACAAGGACAUUCUGCACAGGAUAUACCUCCGCUACCUCAUGUUGACACCUCUUUCCUGGCUACUCUUGCAGCCCAGGAUAAUUUAGGUUUUCAGAAUUCAGGGGUGGGUGAGACCGAUAGGCUUGUCACAUCACAUACGCCCCCUCGACUUCCACCACCAUACCCUGGCUCGUCGACACUUUCUACACCAUGUUCGUUAGCGUCAUCAGAUCUUCCUGUCAGUGCCUUUAGCCCACAGACAAAUUUGAACUGUGUGAUAGAAAGUCUGAGUUCAGCUCGCUCACCACAACGAACUGCUAUUACACAAGUUGGACCUUCUGGUCCCUCAUCGUUAUCAAGCUUGACAUUUAUUCCAGUAAAUCCCCGUCAAACCAGCCUCCAAACCACUUCGGCAAGUUCAUCCUUUUUGCCGUUAACUUCAUCCUCAUUUCCUGCAUCAAGUGCCCCAAGCUACCAUUUCACAACAAAUUUGAACACAACGGGUGUCAAACUACCGAACCACAUGACUUCUUCAGUUGCUCCCCAAAAUGUUGAUAUUUUUUCUUUGUUAAGUUUGAACUCAAAGUUAAGCAUGGACUCUGCCCAGUCACUGAUGCUUCCUUCGCCCAACACUCUGGCUGCCCACUUAAGCUUACCUCCACCUCCUCCAUAUGUGCCUCCAGCACCACAGCAGCACAAAGUUACCUCGGCUGCUUUAUCCACACCACCAGUAACAAAAGUGACCCCGGCCGUUGUUUCAACAGUGGCUUCUAAAAGAUCAAUCCCUCACACUAAACUUCACAAACUUAAUGGGAUUUUAUCAGAAAAAGCUGCCAAAAAGAAAUUAAAAAGUGAUCUGGCAGUGAAGUUUUACUCUUUCUAUGCCAAAAGGAAAAUUAGCAACCACUGUAUGAUGGGACCUUGUAAGUAUUAGUUUAAAAAAAAACAACACAUCUUAAUUUUCAAGGAGGAGGAAAAAUACAAAAGUAAUAAAAUGUAAUAAAAUUUAUUACUGUUUCAUUAAAAAAUUAUUUUUUUUCUGAUUCAUAAAUGGUUGUUUUUUAAAGUGCGAUCUUUUUCAAGUAUUGAGUAUAAAAAAAAUGAAAGGCUAUCUUUAUAAUUUUGAUAGGUUAAUUCUUUUUACCAAACAAGAAAUAGUCUAACUACAAAUCAAUAUUGCACUGUUUGGUUAAUAUAUAAUGUUUAUAAUUUUACUUAAAUGGCUGUGAAAUAUCUUGAAAUGUUCUAAAGUUAAAUACCAUAUAUUCCAGAUUUGUGUAGUUCAGAUGAUGAUAGUGAAGAUGAAGACAUAGAUAUGCUACCUUGGCAGAGAGAUGUUUUUUCAGCUUCAUCAGACGAGGAGGCAGACAGCGAUGAUGAGUGAGAAACUCUGAAUUUUUCAUUUUAGUUUAAAUGAAAUUUAAUUUGAAGUCAUUAGUUUUAGAAGAUACCCAAUAAUCGCUUAAAUUACUGUUUGAAACACACCCUGCGCUGGUUGAAUUACUGUGAUGAACUGGCAUAUCUGCUUUCAUUUUUUUUAUAUAAUGCAUGACCUUGCGUGAUUUGUAAAAAAUAUGAAUUUCAAUUUUUUACUUGAUUCUCUGAUUUAUACAGAUUACCUGGAAAAAAAAGGAAUAUUUUUGGCCCUUUUAUUACAGAUAGAUACUGAAAGAAAAAUGUUUAAUCGGAUCGGAAUUGGGCUUUUCCAUUUUAUAAAAAUUCAAAAUUGAUUAUCAUGUCCAAAAGCCAAUACAAUUUUUCCAAAGGAAAAUUCGGAAAUCCAAAUGUUGUUUAACAUCCUUACAAUCAAUGUGUAGAGGGUCAGAAAAUGCCUGGGGCCAGCCCACCAGGUGUGGAAAAAAAUGUCUGAGUGGAAUAGACUCGUUAUCAUUAGCCCAUUGAAAAAAUUCUGAGUAAAAAAAAAAAUAAACUUGUUGUUUGUUGACCAGAAAGCAAAAAAAUGGCUUCCUGAUGUCAGAGGUUUUGGGCCAUCUUCAUGCAGAAUAAAUCACAGGACAAAAUUGCUGUAAUCUUUAGUGUUACAUUAAGUUAUUGCAGAAAACAGAUCUGGAAAUUUUAAAAACUGCAAAAAAAAAAAAGAAAACAUGGCAUGCUUCUUCUGAUUAUCAACUUGGACAUUUUUAAAAUCUACUUUCAAUAGUUCAGCACCAAGGUCUUACCUAGUGCACUUCCCCUCAUCUGCAAUGCAAUUUUGUCAUCAGAGAAGAAAGUUAGGAUUUGUUGGUAAAAAAAAAUUGUAAAAAAUUGUGAAUGAGGUCUAACACCAUUUGCCACUUAUUUGGAAUAUGGAAUCACACUGCCUCACAUAGUCCAACAUAUUAUGAUAUUAAAAAAAAGCCCCUAUUCCCAUAGUGUCAUACAUAUUCUGUAUACCAUAAAACAGACCUGUUUACCCUCAAACUCUUAAAAUUGUACAAUAUCAUCACAAAAUCGUUCAAUACAUUGUCUUAAUAGUAAAAAAAUUUAAACAUACAAUAUAUAUAAUGUAUAGUGAAUACACCUCAAAAUCGUACAUUGUAGCCAAGAUUGUAAAAGUAAUCAGGUCUGCAUAAAACUUCAAAAAAUUGUAAAUAUCUGUUCCUGUAAAAACAUCUUUGACAUCCAAAUGCAGGAAAAUUUAUUUCAUCUUGGUGUCAAACUUCCUAAUAGGUAACACAAGGCAGUGACCACUUGUUGCAUCGAAAGUUGGGUGCCUGGAUAAUCAUAUUAUGUUUCAGCUUUAGAAAGAAAUAAUUUUUAAUGCUUUGUGAAAUUUGUUAAUGGCUUAAAUGUAAAAUGAUAUCAAGCUACAAUAUUUGCUAAUAAGGCUGAUUAUCGAUUAUUUGGAAAUUAAUUGGUGAGACUCAAGUGUACAUAUUUUGCAUGCUAUGAUAAUUCAGUUUUGCACUAUGGUUGGUGAAAAGAAAUAGUUUAGAUACUUUUUUUAAUGUGAUUCUUCAAUCCAGGUCAGGUUAUUUUUUAGUUGUAAUUUUAAAAAAAAUACAUUCAUGUGCACACUGGUAGCAGUUAAUCUAGAUAAAAGUUAAGAAAACAAAAUUUGUAUACUUUAUCUGUUUUUAUUUCAUAAAUAAAUAACCUUAACAAAUUAUUGUAAUAAAUACAUAUGCAUUCCAAAAUAGCUUUCAAAAUACCUACUUGGCCUGAAACUGAACAAGAACGUUAUAUUUAAACAUUGUACCAACAUAUAAUGUUGUCGUGGUAAAGAACUAUGUGAAAAGUGAACAUCUGUGCUAAAAUGUGCAAUUGAUGCUCAUUGUUCCACCAUGCUUAUUCACUUUGCAAUUCUCCUAUUAAAUGUGCUGUAUGCAUUUUUAGUGCGCUCAAAUUAAUGCAAGUCAUUUAAUUUGCCCACAGUUGAAGUUAGAAAUUUUGGAUCACUGUCAAAUUAAAAAUUAAAAUGGAUAACCUUUGAUAAUUCAGCUACUAUGUAUUCUCCAGCAGGCAGUGAUGCACACUUGAUAUGUAUCUUAUAUCCAUCCUACUGACAGGCUAGAAAACGAUGUUCCUAUGGGCAUGAGACCAACAAAAAUUUCAUUAUUGAAAACCCGAUUGCGUCGUCAGUGGUGCCAGGCAAAGCACGCUUACAAGAUAAAUAGUGCAGUGAGAAAGAAUAAUAACCAAGCGACGCUGGCCCUUAUACGCACAGCACGUGAUAGUGCAGCUUGUGCGGUGAGGGCCCUCUGGCAGAUUACUCAUGUGAAGAAAUCAAAACGAAAGUAAAUUAAAAGUAUUUUUUACACUUAAUCACUUGAUAUUUUUUAUACACACAACCAAUGCUCUGCAUUGUGGGGUGUGGAAAAUAUUUGCUGUGGUGAUGCAUGACAGUUUAAAAUCAGUUAUUAUUUUAAAAUUAAUUUAAUAUUGAAACGUGCCUACUCAGCUGGGUUUUUUUUAUGGGUGCUACGUUAGAUUUUAAAGAAAUGUAGAAAAAAUAUUUAAUUAUUUUGUUGUUGCAUCAUUUAGAAAGAGUUAUGAAACUCAUAUUUCUGUUCAUAACCACAGAUCAAAGAAAAGCUCCAUUAAAAAGAAAAUUUGCUGCCAUAAAAGUGAGAAAGAAGGGCAGUGCCAAAAUCAAUGUCUUCCUUAUGCCAACCACUGUGUUAAACGUAUCCUUUUUGACUUGAUUCAAUCUAGAUAGAUCUGCAGUCUGUUUAGGAUCAUAUGUUGUCAGCCAAUUCUUUAUUAUAAUACUAUUACCUUCAAUGAUUUGAGGGGAUCUUGCAAAUGAUAAGGAAUAAUUUAAAAUUGCAUUUGCAGGAUAUAAACUUUGAUAAAAUAUUUUCAUUGCAUAAUAAUCCUUCACUUCAGGGGUUCUUAACCAGGGUACCUGCACCACCUUGGGUUGUGGGAGGAAGUUUCCGGUCGUGCAGGAAGACCCAGAUUAUUAUUAUUUUUUUUUUUGAGUGCAAUUUUAUUUUUUAUCUUUGGGGAAAAAAGGGGAGGGGGGAGUGCAUAAAAAAUAUGUUUUGAAAUUGAGAUUUGGUGCUGGAAAUGUUUUGAAUUAACAAGAGGGUGGUGUGCUGCACAAAAAGUUAAGAACCCCUGCCUUACUAUUACAACCAUCAAUCUUCAGUUCCCUUUAGCUGAAGCCUUGUCCAAGUGAAAGCAUCUGACUUAUCGCACAAACCUACCUUCCUUGAUUCUAACCAGAUAUUACAUACAAUAUCAACCAACAGCUCUUUGAUUUUUGUACAGCAAAGUUUGCUAACAAUGUCCAGUGUUGUCUACCAUCAUUUGACCUCCGCCAUGAGCUGGCCUUAUGUCAGGAACAUGCUGCAAAGGCUGUAAGUAAAUGUGGCUUAAAAUGGGAAAUUGAAAUUCUUCUGGUAUUUUUUGGAAUGUAAAAUUUUCAACAUUUAUGAUGUCAGAUUUAAUAUUGAUUAUAAAAACAAAUAAAUUCACCAAAUCAUUAAAAAUUCAGUUUGAGAAAUUUUGGUUUCAAAAUUUUAUUACAAUUUUUAUUUUAAUAUUUUAAAUUCAUCAUUAGCUCAGGCCUGCACAACUCAAAAUGUAAGGCGGGCCGUAAUAAUUUAUGAAAAACUUAAUGCGAGCUGAAAGAUGAUGGGGGGGGGGGAACUAUUAAGAAAAUAUAAUAAUAAAAAAUAUUUCGUUACUUCGCUGGCCACCAUGUGAGUGCUGGCAAGCCGUAUGUUGUGCAGGCCUGCUUUAGUUGAUCGUAUUAUAGCUAUUUUGCCACAUAUAUCAAAUAAAAGGUGGAGCAAAUAAUAAUGGUUAUUGAGUACGACUAUUGAAUUAAAUAAGAUGUAAAAAUAAUUGUAAUAUUAGUUAGGACACUAAGAUAAAAUUUACAGUUUCUGUUCCUCAUGUCUCUUCUUAUCAUUUUGCAUUGCUCAAGGACAACUAUCAGAAACAGUUAGAACUAGAAAACAAGAAGAAACCUAGGAAGAAAUCAAAACCACCAGCUCUCACUAGACCUCCUCGUAAAGGCAAGAAGAAAAAGAAAGGUCGCUAUUCAAAAGCUCAGAAGCCUCUUCCUCCACCUGUAUCUAUAGGUUUGGAUUCAAGUGAGUGUAAAAACUCCUAUGUUUUUAUGUAAUAAAUUGUAGUGUGGUUUACACAUUAUAGAAAGGAUCAUAUAUGAUAAUAAUCAUAUGUGAUAUUAAGAGGAUCUUAUAUGAUAUUAAGAGGAUCAUACAUGAUAUUAAGAGGACCAUACAUGAUAUUAAAAGUUGUUAGGAUUAAAUUUAGAUUUAUUUAAUUCACUUGCAUUCACUAAGUCUAUAUCUUUAUCAACGACGAAAAAAAAAAAAGGACAAAUGUGAAAUCUGCUUCAAAGAAAUUGAAACCCAACCAUGUUAUGAAUGCUCUUACCUCUCUGUUUAUUUGACGCUCACCAAAGCUAUAUGUUAAAUUUUUUAAAAGUCAUUACAGUAACACUAGUAAAUUUUGGCUUUUAUCUGAAAAAAGGUUUGUUUACUCAAUGUUUUUUUUCCACCUUAAAAACAAGCUAUUUCUUUGCUCAGCUCUUUCAGAUGUUGAUGUCACCAGUAUAGAUAUUUCUAAACCUGAAGAAAGCCCAGAUACAUCUACCUCUACAAAAGAAAAGUCUUCAAACUCAGUACCUCAUCAACCUUCUGUUCUUCCAUCAAGAUACACAACUGAGGCCAAAGACACCAAUAAAAACUUAGACCAUGCCUUGGAGCUAGCAGAAGUGUUAUCACCUGGUAGGCUGACAUGGUCAUUAUAAAAUGAGUAAAACAGAGUAGGGUUAAACCUACUCUGUUUUACUCAUUUUAUUUUGUACUAACCUGAUUGCAGUCUCUCCCCUUAUUACCCCUGACAUGGUCAUUGUUGACAUUUUUUAAACUGCAUUUGAUCUGAAGUUUAUUGAAAUUCAUUUGUGGAAACUGAACUUCAGAGCAUUGUUAUUUUUGGCUUUAACUGAUGUAACUGGAUGGAAACCUCCCCCAUUUGAUGUAUUUAAAUUAUGAUUGCAAAGUGAAAUGUGAGAGGAAUCUUUUCCAAACACAUGUGUCAAUUUGAUGCUAUAAAAUAUCUGGGUUAUAGAUUUUUGUAUCCCCCAUGCUAUCUAUGGUGGGAAAGAUAUUAUUGCUAAGAAAAUUAACUAUAGAAAAAUGUAUGAAUUAAAAAAUGAGAAGCAACAGUAUAUGAAAUGAUAUAAUUCAUUAACUUAAGUUGAAAGGAAUAUAAAAAAUGAUUCGCCUCUUAAUUUUUCAUAUAUUGAGUUGAAUAAAAUAAAAAUAAUGAAUAUUCUCAAUCCCCAGAAGUCACAAAUCUUAAUGAGAACUAUUAAUUCCAUGACAUAGCUAAGAGAAUUCACCGAAUGGCUGUUUUUUUCACUUGUGAAAUAAUUUAAUGUGCUGAAAAGGUACAAUACAAUCAAAAAACAUUUCCAUUUGUUUGGAUCAAUAAAAGAAUCUCAUCUAUCUUAUUUUUUAAUGCUUAGAUUUUGAUAAGCCGUUUGAGCUUCCCCUUGAGCAAGCCUCCCGCCUUCUGGAGGAAUCUGACUUUCAAGAAGUUGUUAACAAAAUGCCAUUUGAUGAACUUGAUCUUUUUGGUAAGUAAGAUUCAUUUAAAUAAAGAUCGGACACCUUUUAAACUGAAGAACACUUAAGAACUUUUAAUGGCCUUUAGGUGUUUCCAUUUUAAAUAAUACAUUCUUAAACAAACACAUCAUCAUUGUUAGCUAUUACUGGCUUUAUAAAGUCAUCACAGAUACUGCUAUAUAACUUUCUGAAAUGAUAUUUGGCUAGGUUAGUUAAAAAGUGAUCUUGCAAAAGGAAUUAUGCUGUGCAAUUUAUUAAUUACGGACUUUGCAGUUCUAUUUGUUAGUCACUUUAAACUAACCUGCAAUCUUAAUAUAUAAAAUUGUAUUUGAAAAGCAAUCCAUACAUUAAAAUAGAUUUAUCUUUAUUUCUACAUGCUAUUAGGUCAAUGAUUUUUGUCUCUUCUUCCUUAAGGUAAAAAUGGUGAUCCUGACCAAGAUGCUGACCAUUUGGGUAUAGACUUGGUGUCUGCCAGCAAAGCUCGAGAUGCUCUUGAAAAGCUCUUAUCAGGAACUAUGUCAGAAGAGGAGUCCUUGCAGCUGGCUAUGGUGUUGGCCCAGAAUCUUCAGACAGAUGACCUGUCACACAAUGAUGUAAUUCCCAACAACAAUGCUCAUGGUGACACCCGCUUGAUGUCGGGAGCUGAGAUAUCAAUGGGCUCUCACAUGAAUGAGGCAUCAGACAUGGACUCUAAUAGUAUGGAGCACCAAAUCAUGAGCAUGCACCCUUCUAAUCUAUCAGAUGGUUCAGGAUAUGGGAUUUCUCACAGUGCUCUUCACUCAUCUUACCAACAGCAGAUACUGACAUCUCAACAUUCUGGUGUUUUGCAGCAGCCACACUUGACUACUGCAUCUUUAACUUUGGGAUCAUACAGACAGAUGGACAGCCAGAAAAUGUCAGAGUUAUCACACCAACAAAUUCAGACCUCCAUGGCUUCAGGUGGAAGUACACUGCAGUCUAUCGAUGUAAUGCCACCUGUUUUAACUGCUGACUUGAAUGCAGUGUAUGGACAGAUAGAAAGCCUAACAAGGUCACAGCUAGCAGCCAAGCAAUCUUCUGGACUGAAUCUCAAUCACAUAUCAGGGCUUGAUUCCUUUACCACCACAACUGCUAAGACAGUUAUACGCCAUCUACCCACAGAGUCUCAGCCUGUGUCCUCAGUGGCAGGAAGCCCCUCCAAUAUAUAUGUAGGCUCAGCAAAAAAUGUUUAUACCACUUCUCAAAGCAUGAGUUCGUCUUCUUCAAGCCAGUUGCCUCCUCAAAUGAGUCUGGAUGUUGCCAGAGGUGCUGCGCACCCAGAUACAGCUGUAACUACUCAUGGGUUCAACACAUCUUCAUUACCAGCCAUGAAUGCCCAUCUGAGGACAAGUUCUGUGCCACAGCUUCAGAACUUCACAACAUAUUCAUCCUCUUCUACAUCAUUACCAUCAUCAGAAUUAUCCUAUUCACUGUCAUUGCCUUCUAAUGCCAAGAAGGCAAAACUGGACUUGAGUUCUCAAUCUGUGAUACCUAAUUCAAAACAAGUCCAGCAGCAUAUUCAAAACCAGAAACUACAGCAACAGCUCCUGCAGCAGAAGCAGCAGCAAGGCUCUACCAAGGUGAGGAGCAUGCUGCAAGUUCCUGCAGCAUCUUCAAACACAAAACUUACAUUGCCAGAGGCUAAUAGAAACUUUAGACAACCUGAUUCUAAAUCUCCUGCGUCACCGAAACCUAAAAACUCACAAUCUCCGUCCUCUAAGCAGAGACUCACUCUUCCUGUUACACAGUCGAUGCAGCAAGAUGGAUUUCUCUCAAGCUAUACCCAAAAAUCAACUCUAUCUUGUGAUAGUUUAAAACUCAAGCUCCCUACUUCUAAUGCAAUCCUAAAUGAAUCUAAUCAAAGUCGGAUUACUAUAUCUGAGAGUACUAUGUCCUAUCAGAUAAUGAAUUCAGUUUCAUCAUCUCACUCAGGACCCAUGACCAGUAAUACGGUGAGAUACUCUGUGAUACCAGAUGGCACACCUACUUCAUCAUCCUCAUUGUCCUCCCUAACAUCCACCACAACUAUACGACACAGUCUUCUUGGAGAGCCUGGUAAUGGGGCCUCCGAGUCCAUUUCUGUUACAGUACGUCAUCCAUCUCCUUUGGAAUCUGUACCAACCACUGUCAGGCAUACGUUGCCAGACACAUUUCCAACACCUAUGACUUUACCUUCUUCACCUGCCCUGCCAUUACCUCAUAAAUCAUCCACAGUGUCUUCAUCCCUGGAGGCGAACCUCCAGUCCAAAGUAGCCACAGGAAACAUGAAUUCAUCUCAGUCAUCCAAUUCUCUCACAUCUCAGUGGAGCUCCCAAGGAUCAUUGGCAGCAAACAUCAACCUCCAAAAUGGACUUCCGUUUGCUGCUGGGUCAUCUCGAACACAAAUUGCGCAUAGAUUUAGCCCUGCUGGUCAGGGUAAUGCCAGGAGUAAGUCGAACAAUGCAGCUGCUGAGGCAGCAAGGAUUACAGCUCUAGCCAAUGCUGCAGGGGUGCCUGUGGUUUGUAGUCCUGUCUCCUUACCUGGUCUUGUCCAGAGCCUUUCAACUGCAACUUUUAAAAGCAGUGGGUCAUCAUGAGUGUAGUUUUUUUUAGGUAGAAG